UAUUUUCUUUGAAAAUGUUCGCGAUGAAGAGAAAAUAAUCGUUUUUGCCGUUGAAGUUGUUAGCAUUAAUUAAGAAAAACUAGUUCUUUAAAUUCCAUUCCUUGAAGUUAAUAACAGGCCGAAAAUUGAGAAUAUGUGAUCUUAUCUCAACAUUUGGUCGGUCGGAGAUAAAGAUUUAAAAUGAGUCUGUACGAGUUCGUUCACACAAAAAUUGUCCCUCCUGUCUUCGUGGUUUUCUUCACGUUAUCAGCACAACUCCUGACAUUCACUGGAAGGAAUGAACCGAUUACCCUAUCCUCACUUUUGAAAUACAGCCUAGGAAAUACACAAGCAUGGAUAAUUUUAUUCAUGUACAUACUCUGGGUGCUUUUGUUCCUAAAAAUACCCUCCAAGACGAUUACCGGCCCAGCACUACCCUCUGGCUUCGAGCCCAAGUAUGCGGCAAACGGGGUCCUGUUCUUCUGGUCGACGUUAGCAGUGUUCGGCGGGAUGCUUCUGUCGCGGCCAGACUGGGCGCUAGUUAUCUACAAGAUGACCCCUGAGCUGUUCGGGGCGACGAGCAUCACGGCGCUUCUUUUCUGCGUGUGGCUUUUGGUUAAGGGGAAACUUUUCCCGGAGGAAGCACCCGAAGACGGGGCCGCCACACCCGGGACCCUCAUUUUCGACUUCUACCGUGGCGUGGAGCUCUGCCCGACCUUCUGCGGGGUCAGCGUCAAACAGCUCGUCAUCAGUCGAUUUGGAUGCAUGGCCUGGUUGCUCCUGUCUCUUGUUUAUUUCAUUGCCACCGUCCAGCUCCACGGCCUCAGCUACCCCAUCGUCGUGUCCGCACUUAUCCUGCUGCUGUACAUCCUGAAAUUUUACCAUUACGAAAGCACAGGAUACUACGACUCGCUUGACAUUUGUUUCGAUCGAGCCGGUUACUACUUGAUAUGGGGAUCCUUAGUCUGGAUGCCCGGUUUCUUCACACUUCACGCCUACAAUUAUGUGGCCAACCCACCGAAAGCCUCUCCGUUAUUUUCGCUGUUUUGCCUAAUUUUAGGAAUCGGCGCGAUAGCUCUAACAUAUAGGAUAGACUACGAGAAGUAUCUUGUUCGCAGUUCCCCGAGUCUGAACAUUUCAUUGCAUGGCAAACCUGCUGAAGUCAUACUCGCCGAGUACACAGACCAAAAAGGGGAAAAGCGAACCUCCAGACUCGUAGCUUCUGGGUUCUGGGGAAUGGCAAGGCACUUCAACUACACUGCUGAGAUGGUUGUCGACAUUACAUUCUCGGCUCCAGGUUACAGCUCCGGGACAAUUAUUCCUUUUUUACUUCCUCCCUUCCUGAUUAUCCUGAUACUGCAUAGGCUCUAUCGCGAUGAGCGAAAGUGUAAAGAAAAAUACGGCAAGUAUUGGGAGCUGUACUGCAGUAAGGUUCCUUACCGGCUUAUUCCUUGGGUAUUUUAAAUUAGGUAUGUAUUCAAAUAAAAAUGAUUUCCUUUGAA